AUGGCUGUCUCACGUUUCUUUCUCCUAUCUUUGGCUCUGGCAGCUGUCGCGAGCGUCAAUGCCGGGCGUCUUCCAGCGCCGUCCCGGCUGGCAUUGCCGACAGAUAAGCUCCAGCAAGUGGCAGUACAGGGCUACUCCCCAGAGUACCUCAAGUUUCUCAUCCGAAGCGCCACCUCUCAGGCCAUCACUGCGCUGAGCGCUGGUAACCUGCUCUUCGCCUCGCGCAUUUUCGCAACCUUCGUCACGCUUUACCCGUCUCACGCCGAACCGAUGUCGCUGUAUAGCCCAAUGGAAAAGCAGCAAGCUCUCAAGGUCCUGGUGGAUAAGAACCUCACCAUCACGCACACCAUCACCGGCAUCUCCAUUGCAAAGGACUCCACCGUCGGUCCCGCUUCCGGGAAUGGCGUGGAAUCGGGGCCGUCCAAUGAUCUCAAGGAGAUCUACUGCGAGGGGUCGUACACGCUGAUCGACCGUGCGACACAGACGAUCAAGGCCAAGGGGAACUAUAUUGCCACGUGGACGCCAUCGUCGCCGUUCGUUGGCGAUCUGAAGAACGACAUUGAUUACGUUGUGCGAUGCUGA